AUGCUAGGCACUACUGCCCGUGUAGUGGGAGAGCAGACCCUGGGCGCCGCUGUUGUCUAUGCCGUAGGCGAGCAGUCUUCGCGGGCUGCUCCUGUCAAUGGCGCUAGUGCACAAGGAAGAGGCGGGCGUGUAGGAUCAGUGAGCAAUGCAAUAGCUGUUGUGGAGGCACUGGGAAAUGUAGCUGUUCAGGCACUGGGCGUUGGGCGCCAAGGCCAGGAUGGCCCAGGUGUUGGGGGCUUAGUUGGUUGUUGUAACCGGGACAUCCCAGGCACUUGGCAAGGAGUUUCUAGCAGCGAACAAGAUGCAGUUGAUGAUGGGUACUUUUCGUGGUGA